GUUCUUCUUUGGUGUUUCAGAGUAAUGAGAAUGAUGAUAUGGAAUUUAGUAAAGAGGCAAUUACUGAAGAAUCAACUGUGAAAGGAUUCAACUUUAGAGAUGAGAGGAUCAUGAAGGGAAACUGGGUCACUGAGAUGAAUGCUAAUAUGAUUCAGAAGUUUUUCAGAUUACUCGCGGUAUGCCAUACGGUGAUACCUGAAGUGGAUGAGGAUACAGAAAAGAUCACUUAUGAGGCUGAGUCGCCUGAUGAAGCAGCAUUUGUUAUUGCAGCAAGGGAGCUUGGGUUUGAAUUUUUUAACAGAACUCAAACUACUAUUGCGGUAAGAGAGCUUGAUCUAGUGACUGGCAAACGAGUUGAAAGGUUGUACAAAAUCUUGAACGUUCUUGAGUUCAACAGCACUAGGAAAAGAAUGUCAGUUAUAGUGCAGGAUGAAGAUGGAAAACUCUUGUUAUUUUGUAAAGGAGCAGAUAA